UGUUUACCACUAUAAAACUAACUUUUUCUUCCCAACCUUUUUCAUUCUCAUAAAUUGAACCCUUUCGUAUCUUAUUUUCCACAAAAAAAACAUUCUCUAUCUCUAUCUAUCUCUCUCUCCAUCAUCAAGAUUCAGACAUUUGAUUUAGCCAUCAACUAUCUGAAUCAAUAAAGGGAGAGGGAGUUAGAUAUUGAAUUUGAGAAAGAGAUAUUUGCAGAUCAUCCAUGGACGACCUUCUCGGCCUUUUAAGAAUUCGCAUCAAGCGCGGUGUCAACCUCGCCGUUCGGGAUGUUAGUACCAGCGAUCCGUACAUCGUUGUUAAGAUGGGCAAACAGAAACUCAAGACUCGUGUGAUUAAAAAGGAUAUUAAUCCUCAAUGGAACGAAGACCUUACACUUUCUAUCACCGAUCCCAUUGUUCCAUUCAAACUAACUGUGUAUGAUUAUGACACAUUUAGCAAAGAUGACAACAUGGGAGAUGCUGAAUUUGAUAUUUCACCAUUUAUAGAGGCAGUGAAGAUGAACAUAGAUGAUCUUCCAAGUGGUACCAUAAUCACUAGAAUACAACCAUGUAGGACAAAUUGUUUGGCAGAAGAGAGUUGCAUCACAUAUACGGAUGGACAAAUUGUCCAAGAUGUUGCUCUUAGAUUGCGACAUGUUGAAUGUGGUGAAGUUGAAAUUCAAUUGCAAUGGAUUUCUCUUCCUGGUUCCAAGGGUUUAUAAUUUUCCAUUGAACACAAAAAAAAAUAUCAUUCUUUGUUUCUUUAUUUUAGGGCAUUGUUUUUAGGGUUGAAUUUGUAUUUUUUUUUCCUUAUUCGUCAUUGUUCUUGCUACAUCAUUUAUACAGAUGAUUAAAGGAAACUUUAUAUUGUGACUA